AGUCUUCGGUGCCCUGGGAUUUUGAGGACUGGCUGGAGUCCCUGCUUCCCCCUUAGAGGGCGGCAGCGGGGCGUCUCGGGGACGCAUGCGCCCCAAAUUGCGCUCGGGGAAUUAAAAGAGAGGGAAAAAAGCCCCAAGAAAACUCACGCCCCAAACAAAACGCAAGUAGAGGAGGGCGCGCGGCCUGCAGCCCUCGCCCGCGUCCCCGGCCGCGGCGUGAUGCGCGCGGACCAGCCCGCGACGCUCGGGCUGCCGCUGUCCCCGCACCUGGACGCCGGCCCGGUGGCCGCGCCCCAGCCUCGAUCGCUCGCGGCGGCGACUGGCCCCCAGGCUCCCGGCGCCGGUGGGGCCCCUCGCUCUCCAUGGGGCUGAGGGACUGGCUGAGGACCGUGUGCUGCUGCUGCCGGUGCAAGUGCCUGGAGGAGCGCGCCCUGCCUGAGAAGGAGCCCCUGGUCAGUGAUAGCAAUCCGUAUUCCUCAUUUGGAGCAACUCUGGCGAGGGAUGAUGAGAAGAAUUUAUGGAGUAUGCCCCAUGAUGUGUCCCACACAGAGGCAGAUGACGACAGAACCCUGUACAAUUUGAUAGUCAUUCGUAAUCAGCAGGCCAAAGACUCAGAGGAGUGGCAGAAACUCAACUAUGAUAUCCAUACCCUGCGGCAGGUUCGAAGGGAAGUAAGAAACAGAUGGAAGCGCAUCUUAGAAGAUUUAGGUUUUCAAAAGGAAGCUGACUCUUUGUUGUCAGUGACUAAACUCAGCACCAUCAGUGAUUCGAAAAACACAAGGAAAGCUCGAGAGAUGUUGUUAAAACUGGCUGAAGAAACCAAUAUUUUCCCAACAAGUUGGGAGCUCUCAGAGAGAUAUCUCUUUGUUGUGGACCGUCUCAUUGCACUUGAUGCUGCAGAAGAGUUCUUUAAGCUUGCUCGUCGAACUUACCCCAAGAAGCCUGGGGUUCCAUGCCUGGCAGAUGGCCAGAAAGAACUGCACUACCUUCCAUUUCCAAGUCCCUAAAGGAGAGGCUCAGGGACAGAAUGGGAAUUCUUCCAUGAGGACUCAGCAGUCAACCAAAGUUGGACAAUUACAUGUAGAAGAGAGUGAGCAAAUAGAGAGUUUGCUUAGUGAAAAAUGAUAAUGAAUUCUACAUAAAUGUAAAGUCUUUAAUCUGAGGACCCUGCCCCAUGAAUUGUGCAGGGUGCACUGAAACGCCUUGGUGAUCUCACAUUUAGGAAGAAAGUUACAGAGUUGGUCAGAUGGAUAGUUCAUAAUGGGUGGUUCCAUUCCAAGACCACAUUGCCCCAGCUUUGGUUUUGGUUUUAUCAUAAUCUCUGAUCAUGAAUCCUACUGACAGAGUGGACUAUUUCAGUUCAUAAUAUGAUUAAUAGAGAGAGCUGUCAUUGAGUCCCAAAACAGACUACCAAUUUUAAAAUAAUUAUUAUAAAAUGUAUGCUAACCCCAAAAUAAUACUAGACAUGAUGUGACCUCUCUGAUUUGGUCACCUUGUAGAACCUUGGAGGUGUCAGGGCAUCGCUUUGAGUAUCAGUUAUGAUUAUUCAGAAGUAUAGAUGUAUCAGAUGACAGACAUGACAAGGAGUGGCUGGGCAUGGUGGCUCACGCCUGUAAUCCAGCACAUUGGGAGGCCAAGGUGGGUGGAUCAUGAGGUCAGGAGUUCGAGACCAGACUGACCAACAUGAUGAAACCCUGUCUCUACUAAAAAUACAAAAAUUAGCCAGGUGUGAUGGCACGCGCUGUUAAUCCCAGCUACCCAGGAGUCUGAGGCAGGAGAAUCGCUUGAACCUGGGUGGUGAGGUUACAGUGAGC